AUGAGGUUCUCCGUUCUUCCUGCUGUUGUGUUCGGACUCACCUCGGUGGUUCAUGCCUUCCCCAUCGCCACUCCUGUUGAAGAUGGCAAAUUUGAAUUAAUAAAUGAGGUCAGAAACAUGGUUGAAGCAAGAUUUGCUGACGAUGAAGACUUCAAUAAUGUCAUCCAAAAGAGAGACACUGAACAGACCAUGGAAUACGUAUUGGAUCUCGUCAAUAGUUCCGGUAUCAUUUUCGAUGUUUUGGACUUUGUGGCAUACUCACCACUGAGAAUCCAGAAGCUUGCCAACUUAACCUCCAGUGCUGUUGGAAAUAUUAAUACCUCUGCCUUAACAUCCAUGGGCUCGAGCCCGGCAGUAUCUGCCAUCACAAAAGCCUUGAACAUCUCACUGAUUUACAACGACGUCAUGGAUUCGGGUGUUGUUACCAGUUUGUUGGACGGAAUUUUGUUGGACGAGUCGUACCGUCCUGUUCUUGUUAACCUCACCACUCGUGUUUUGGGCAGUCAGUUCUCCAAGAACAUGUUCUUAUACCUCGUCCAGGAUAUUUUCAAGGCACUGAAAAGAGAUGAGGUAGACGUUCAGAAACGUGACACCAGCUCCCUCGAAAACUUCGUGGGAAACAUUGUUGCCUCGGCAUUGGGCUCCGACCUCGUACGUGGAAUUGCCGGCGAUCUCCUCACGGCCUUGAACAACACCCAGAUUUUGACCACUACUCUUAAGACUCUCAUUGCUAAUGAGGGUUACCAAAACUUUACCGCCCAGUUUGUGGUUGACUUGAUCAGAACCAACAUCACAAUCGAUUACCAAUCUGUUAACCUCACCAAGUACGCUGACCAACUCCUUAGUGACCCAAGCACAGUAUUGAAGUUGACUUCCCUGUUAAUGUCUGGCCAGGUUGAUCUUUCUGGUGCUGGUAAAUAUGCUGACGCCUUGAAGUCCAUCAUCACCGAUGUUGAAGACGAGGGAGUGUUUGCCAACUUGAACAAGUACGUCUUCUCGGAGUCCCACACUGUGACUAGACCCCUUGUUCCUACCAAUGACAUUGUUGUGGCUAAGACUGCUGGCUCCAACACCAAGACCCUGACCACUGUCACCAGUAGUAGAACCACCGCAGCUUCCAACUCUACCAGAAGCGGAAGUAGAACAUCUGGCUCGGCUGCCUCUGGCGACUCUCAGUCGGCUAGCGAAGUUGCCUCGAUCCUCUCAUUACUCAGAGGAACCAUUUCUUCGGUUGCUUCAUCAGUUGAAUCUUCUGUCAGUUCUUCAAGAAGCUCGACUUCUAGGAGAUCUGUGACAGCUACCACCUCAUCUUUCGACUUUGAUGCACUUUUAAGUGAAAUGAAUGCAUCUGAAACAGAAACGGAAACGGAAACAACCGCUACCGGUAAUGAUAGCGGGCUCCUCGCACUUCUUGCUGCUAUCAGUAAUUCCCAAAAUAAGGCUGUGGUUGCAUCUACAAGCACCGGUUCUAGCAGUACGUCACUGCUGCUGUCUGCUGCCAACGCAGCACAACCAAACAACUUCGUCACAAAGUUUUUGGUUUACACCCAGGCAUUGUUGCUCGGAGGAGUUCUUCUACUCUAA